AUGCGGCUCAAGAUCAUUCGCGCCGAGGCUUUGGCCUCUGCUGACUUGAGCGGCAAGAGUGAUCCAUACGUGCGCGUGUUUUACGAGGGAAAAGAGGUCGCGUCCUCGCACCGUGUGAAACGAUCGCUGAAUCCGCGCUGGGAUUUUGACGUGACCAUCACUCUUGUUCACGCUGGUCCUUUAGAUGUCGAGCUUGAAGUAUUUGACAAAGAUGAAUUAUCGCAGAGUGAUUUAUUAGGUGCAUUACGCGUUCCUUUUCCAGAAUGGCGAGAGCUUGUCAAUGAGUAUCAGAAUCGCAAGCGACAACAUGCUGAGACGCUGCAUUCUACGACUCAGAGGCAAGAGACACCACCGACAAGCGGUAGUAGACGAACUGGAAGCUCUAAAGGUGUGGAUAUACGACAGCUCCAUGCUUCCCAUACGGUGGAGUUGGGUAGUUAUAACCUUGAUCGUGAUAGUAAAUUAAAGAAGACGGGAAUCUUAAGUCCAACAGACUUACAGCGACGCUCGAGGUCUCUUGAUUCGAGCAAAAGCUGGCUUCAAGCAGAUACAACCAGUCGCGCAUCGGUAGUAUCUAGUGAACUCGUGAUGAACGAAGAAAUGGAUAUAAAACCAGUGUUUAUUUGGUGUAAAUUAGUCAAGGGACCAUCGGCACAAGGACGUAUUUUAUGCAGUAUACAGUAUGAAGAGAGGGAUCUAAAGUACUUGGUGAACCACCCGUAUGGUACUAGUAUUCAAGAGGUAUUUCUUCCGCAGAAUCCGAGAUUUGAACAGGCGUAUUGUCAUUUGCCACGGAGUUGGCAUCCGGAUAUAGCAGUGCGACAGGAUGAGUUGACAGCCAUGCAUGCAGGAACGCCCAAGGAUUGCCUUUUCCCAUGGCACGAGAAGUUGUUGCAUAUGGUGGAAGAAGUGACGGUGACGUUUCAUGUGAACGAGUCAAAUCAGGGCGUGCUCGCAACAUUAGUGCUGACCAACUACCGUAUUUGGUUUGUACCGUAUCGCAGAGUUCGAGGCUUGCUUCAUGAGGAUGUUCACACUUUGCCGGUUAGCAAGAUUUUAAAGGCGUCGAUUCAACAGCAAAAGCGCAGUAACAAUAACGUCGUCACGGUACUAAUCUUAGACAAUAUGGAUGCUGGACACUACCACGUGACACUUUCGCCAAUUUCUCGACUACGGGAUUCGGUGCGGGAUUUUUCUCGUGAGGCAGAAGUCAAGCGCGUUAAAAUACUGCAUAAUAUUGUGCGCGAGAUUGACUGGCUGCGCAUUGAGAACAGUUUUUGCUCUCCAACAGACCGCAAUCAUACAGUAGCUACUGCAGAUGAAAUGCAACUGGAGGACGACUUGCUUCAUUAUACGCCAAAGCACAGCAGUUUGUCGAUGCCGCCACCAAUGACACGAACACUUACUGCAAAUUUUAGCAAGUAUCAGAAGCGUGCGUUUACAAAAGAAAGCAUUGAUGAAUCGACCCUUUCCAAUAGUGUUGGCUCACUGGAUCGUCCAAAGCUCAAACACCAACAAAGUGAGUCAACUGCUUAUUCACAGCUCACACAUGCAAUGUCAAUGAGAAAACCUCCGCAACCAUUUCAGCUUGCAGCGAGGAGACGUAUUCGAUACGACCCGGAAGCUGAGUUUACUCGACAAGGUGCUAUGAAUCAUCCUCGCUGGCGCCAGUGCACGCUCAACAAAAAUUACCAGCUAUGCUCUACAUAUCCAUCGUUUCUCAUGGUGCCAGCAUGCCUGAAUGAUGACAUCAUCAAGGGUGCAGCCGGUUUUCGCAGCAAAAGCCGUUUUCCAGCUCUCACCUGGAUUCACCCUCGCACAGGUGCGCCAUUGUGUCGCAGCAGCCAACCGAAUACGGGUGUAUUGCGUAGUACGAACCCAGAGGACAAGAAACUUAUCUGGGCUAUCCGAGAUGCGGCUAUUUCGAUGGACCAGGCUGCAAAAUGUGAUCACGCGAUUCCAAAAAAGAAUAGUAUUUUGCACAUCGUUGAUGCACGACCAGAGAUUAAUGCGAAGAGCAAUGCUCUUGCCGGAAAGGGUCACGAGUCUGUGAAACAGUACGAUCGAGAUGGGAUACCGAUGGCUGCAAUCACGUUCAUGGGAAUCGAUAACAUCCAUGUAGUCCGCAGCUCGCUGGCUGGUUUGGCGCAGGCAUUGUAUGAGGUGGAGGACUCUAAUUUUUUCGGUGCUGUUCAAAAAAGCCGCUGGUUGGAGCAUAUUUGCAGUAUUCUUCAAGGUGCAACCGAGGUGGCUACGCAUCUGGAGCGUGGCGAUGCGGUUCUGGUGCAUUGCAGUGAUGGAUGGGAUCGCACGGCACAGCUCUCUGCUUUGGCGCAAACAAUGCUGGACCCUUAUUACAGGACACUUGAAGGCUUUGCACAGCUCUGUGAAAAGGAUUGGUGCUCCUAUGGCCAUAACUUCCAGCGGCGCUGCUCGCAUCCUACGUCGGAUCAGACGUCUCCAAUAUUUUUGCAAUUCAUUGAUGCUGUGUAUCAGCUCACGCUGCAGUUCCCGACACAUUUCCAAUUCAACGAAUUGCUGCUCUCUUCCGUUGCUGAAGCUGUCUACUCAUCGUGGUAUGGCACUUUUCAGAAAAACUCUGAAUGCGAGCGACGUGAGUUCUUGUCGACAGUCGCGAGUGUCAGUGUAUGGGAUGUUAUUCGCGCCACUACCGAUCAAUUUCUAAACCCCUUGUUUGCAGGUGGGGAGGUACAUACAUCGAAAGGGAGUGGAUCGUAUAUGGAGCCGAUGUUGCCUGUGUGCCGUGUGCGCGUCAUGCAACUUUGGUCCAGCCAGUACCAGAAGGCAAUUGGUCACAUGCGUCUACAGCAGCGAGAGUUUGAGAUGCUACAGCUUAUUCGACAGCAAGAAGCCGAUCUUUCGCGUUUACACGCUGCGUUAACCAGCGACCAGCAACUUGAACUUCGAGCAGGGCAGCUUCGAUCUGACAUUGCGAAAUUAUCACGAAGCAUGAACUUGAAAUAUCCGGAUGACCCAGGUGCAUCUUCGAAAGAAACGGAAAAGAGGAGAUUUAUGUCUGGCAGAGAGACACUUCGUAGCUUUGAAAAGCGUCCUACCGCAGCAUCCCUCGAUUUCCAUGAUCUCGCUAGUAUUGUAGCGAUGGGUACUGCAGGAGCAGCAGCGCGGGCGAUGGGAUCAUCUCACUCUCCUCCUCGAGAGCACAUGAUUAUGGCGCAAAUGCUACAACGCGCGAAUCUUGAAUCCUCCUCUGGUUCCACGUCGUCUGGAGCGGGAGGUGCACUGUCGCAAUCUCAUAAUGUGUUCAACCCACGGCGGCGCAAGUCCAUUACGAACCGAUCGCGGAGUAAUAGUCUCAAAAACACUUUCUUCAAUGUGGUUGCGCAGAUGAAGGGUGGCUCGUAUGACAAAGAAAUGGAUGAACCAAUGGAAGUAGGCUCUGCGACACUGCCCAAUCCAGUACGUGUGAGCGAGUAUCGGCGUACCCAGCGCGUGGGCUCGCCGUCACGCCGAGACGAGCUCAAACGUGACCUUCGCCAUCUUGAGUCCCAGCUUUCAAAGCUUGAUCAUCAAGUGGCGAUCAAAGAGAUUGCGGCAAAGCAGACAAUGCGGCGGUUCCGCUGCUACAACUACAAUCUUCCCGAAACGGCGCUGCGCAACGAGAAUGAUCGACUUUCUCCUAGUAGCAGUAGGAAGGUUCGACUCACUGGAACGAAUGGAGUAGGUAAGUCACACCACUCGCCAAGGGCAUCGUCGCCGCCAUCUUCUUCAUCUUCCCAAGGUUCGCGUUCAACAUCGAUCUCAGCUGAAGUCGGUGGUGAACUGGUUGAUUUAAGCUCAUUAGACGAAGAUUCUCGCAAUUUUACGCCUGGAAGCUCACCAUUAUUGGGAACAGACAAAGUGAUUUCGGGAGGGAAUUACUUGAAUUCGCAGCCCGUUUGGGAGCGCGACGAAGAUGCUCCGUGUUGCAAACGCUGCAAAAAGAAAUUCAAGACAAUUUUGCGUAACCGACAUCACUGUCGCUGCUGCGGAUACGUUUUCUGCGGUAGAUGUACAAGUCAUCGAAUGAGUCUGCCAGAUUUUGGGUACUACGACGUCGUACGUGUGUGCAAAGUUUGUUACAACUCGGGCGAGGAUGGAUAA